UAUACAUUAUGUGAUCCAUGAGCAAAAGUAAUAGUUCUCUUGUCGCUUAGUAGGCCGGUUUCUUCGCUGCAACCUUAAGCCAUGGCUAGGCGCCAGCUGCAGCGGAACAGUAGCCGGGACCACGCAAGCGCAAGAGGCGAAAGAGGCCCCGGGGAAACAGAUUGCCUUCCUGCUCACGUCAGGGCUUGCCUGCGGCGCCUUCCGGCUGCAGUUGAGCGCUUGUUUUCACUCCAGGCCGGUCAGCAGCUGCCACCCGCGCCGACGGCAAGGUUCAAAGAGCUAGAUAAAUUCAUCUUUCAAAACCUUCACCCCGUACUUGAGCUGUUGUCCAACUUGUCUACAUCGAAUGGAGCUCGUUCCGCGGCCGCUGUCGCAGUGCUGGCCGACAAGGCCGUUCGCCUGGCGAUGCUUCAGCUGAUUGGAGCUGGCGUGCGGCUUUCGUCUACCGACCUUCACCCCGACCCUGACAUCCCGGCUAAAUGGCCCCCUACCUCCUUCAUUGGAGCCCUCGACCUGCUCUUUAAGAUGCUCCGGGCACUGUCAGUGGACAACAGCAUAACACAGCCGCCCCCACACAUCGUGGAUUUUGCUCGCAGGCUAGUGCGCAUGCAGACCCUGCAAGCCCUCAGCCGCUCGCUAGCCUCUGCCACGGCGCUUCUCCCAGCCGCCAACCGCCCCACCACCAGCGCCUCGUCUCCUCCACUCCAGCAACCCGCCCAGCAGCGGCAACGCCGCAACCAAGGCAAGACGGGCACCGACGGCACCCAAGUCACGUCAUACAUCACGCAGGCCGCCGGCGCCUGCCUUGCUGCUGAGCUCCUCCACGGCCUGGUUCAGCUGGCCAUCAAGGCCUUCAACAGCAUCCGCGGGCAGCCCCCGGAGCACCUGCCGGAGGCCCUCUACUUCAACGAGCUCGUGUCCGCCCUGCGAGACAGCUACGUCAUGGAGCACGGCGCCCGACUGAUGCUGCUGGCGGGGGAGGCGGAGCUCCCACAUGGCCUCCCAAAGACAUCUCCCAAGUUGGGCGAGGGGGUGAAGCUCUUCCUAGAGAUGAUCAACGACCUUGCCCGGAUUUGGAGGGUGCUGAUGGAACGUGGCGGGCCCUUCUGGGCGCCAACCACCGCGCAGCUCUGCGAGGUGCUGACGCAGCAUGGCUUGCAGCACGCGGCUGUCGUACAUGGCCUGGCAGCGCUGUGCGAAGCGGACGGCGGAGCCUCGUACGGCAUCGCACCUGAGGUACUGCACCGCUUGCACUUCUCGACCUCAGAGUACAGCAGCAGCAAUGGCUACCGUCACAUUACCUGCACCAUUGGCGGCGGCGGCGAUGAGGUCAAAGUGCACAAUCGACGACCACUUCAGCUAGUGGACGUCUGGGCUCUGCAGGCGCUCCCCCGCCUGUUGGAUCCCUCCCUUCGGGUGUCCGUGCCAGGCGCGCGUGCCGCACUGGCUAUCAUGUGGCGUAUGGUGGACUGGGCGGUGGCAUCGGGGCGGGUGUGGCAGGCCCAGGCGGCGCUAAGGGCCAAAGCGCUCGACAUGCUGCUAGCAGGAGGAGGAGUAGGUGUCAAGGCAGGGGAGGACGACGGAGUCCUGCAAGGCGAGGCGGAGGAGGGUGGUGGAGCUCCGCAGAAGGUGAUGCCGCAGGAUUUGGUGGCUGUGGCUGCCGUACAUGCGCUGCGGUGCGCGCGACGGCUGCUGAGGGGACCUCCGUCGGUUGCCGCUGCGGCGGCUGUGGCGGUGGCGUGUAGGACACUGGCUGCUACGGCUGGUGCAGCUGCGGUGGCUGUAGCAGCUGCCGAUGAAGGAGCGUCUGGCGCUCUGGUGGCAGGGGCUUCUGCCGUUGGUGCUUCUGCCUCAGGGGCUGCUGCUGCUGGGCCUUCUGCCGCUGGGGCUGCUGCUGCUGCUGCUGCCACUGAAGCCGCUGUAGCUCGCUGGACGGAGCAGGCGGUGCGGUGGUGGCGGCUGGCGGUGGCAGUGGCGGAUCACGUCAUUUGUUGUGCUGACACGGACCAGAUGGAGCAGGUCACGGAGGUCCUGCGGGAGUCGUUCCUGGAGGGGACGUCGCUGCCCUGGGGGGACACAGAAAAGAAACUUCUGCCCGCUCCACCUCCUGAGGUGGCAACGGCGCUGGCGGGCGGCUUCCUGCCCUGCCUGGAGCGCCUGCUGAGGCGGGCAGGGGAGGACGUUUGUGGCUUGGAGGCUGCAGCUGUGCGCGGGCUCCUUUCCCCAAGCAGCAGGCAUUGCCUGGCCUCGCUCCUUACAUAUGGCGAGGAGAAGCAAGCGGCGGCGCUGGUAGUGACGCUUGGAAAGCUGCUGGGCUGCUGUGACCCAACGGCAAUCACGGCACCGGACGUGAACAUAAUGGCGCCGCACCACACAUGCCGCACCUAUGCGAAGGCGGCACUGGACUUCCUGAGCUUCUCGCGUGAAGCGCUCGUCGCUGCAGCACCUGUUGCUGCGGCGGCGGCUGGGACCUCGUCAAACGACGCCAGCAGUUCGGCAGCCCCGUACCGGCAGUUGCAGCUGCUGGCAUCGUGCGCUGCAUGCGAGUGGCUGCCGGUCCUGUCGCGCUUGGUACGGGAGGGCAUGGACCAUUUGGUCCAUUUCGCACACUCGGAGGCCACAGAGGACAUGUACGACUACCCAGAGUACGAGAAGGUGGGUAUGGCUGCAGAGGUGCUGCUAGCACACCUGCUGCCGUGGCUCCUGGCACUGACGCUAAAGUGCUUGGAGCACGACGAUGCUGAUGGUGCUGAGAGCAGCUGGCGGCAGCUGCUGCUGGAGGAGGUGGAUGUCGUACAGCUGCUGGGAGCCGCCCUGCAGUGCGGCAUCAGCGAGGCUAUGCCGCCACAGCAAUUUGUGGCGAGCUGCUGUGCCGUGGCGGUGAUUGCGCCGGAGCAGGUCCGGCAGGCGGCGGUGGCGGCGGAUGCGAGCGGGGAUGGGAGCUGGCGUCCGACGGCAGUCUACGACCUGCUGGCUGGCCUGACCAUUUGCCUGGACAGUGGAUCUGGGGAGGAGGACGGGAGUGAGGGCGAUGGUGGCGGAACGGAUUUGGAGAGGGCGGCGGAUGCCCUGGCUGCACAGCUGGAGACGUGGAUAGAGAACAGCCAGGACGGGUUAAGCUGCAGGGGCAGCAGCAGCAGCAUGGAGGUGCUGCGUGAUGCGGCUCGGGCGGUAGUGUCGCCGGAAGAUGAGGAGCUGGCGGCGGCCCUGCUGGUGUCGCCGGGGGAGCUGCGGGUGCGGGGGCUGCUGCGGGGCUGCGGCAACCCCGGCUGCACCAACCUGGCGGGGGACAGCGAGGCGGAUGUGAAGCUCAAGAAGUGCGGGCGGUGCGGGCAGGUGGGGUACUGCUGCCGGGAGUGUCAGGUGGCGCACUGGAAGGCGGGACACAAGGAGGCGUGCGGGCGGGGUGCAACAAGGGGUUGAGGAAGCGGCGGGCUUGAGCGGGGAGGCAGUUGGCACGGACUUUCGGCUUGGAGUUUGGCGUUCACCAGUCAAUAGAAACUCAUUACAGUACCUUUCAGUUACGUGGUAGGCAGAGAUGUUGAAACUAGGGCGUGAGCGAGUGUGGUUUGUGGGUUGAUGCAGGCGGGCAAGUGGAGAUUAGUGUAGAGUGUCUCCCUCCAGGAAGGUGCCGUAGGUCUGCCUAGGUAAGGCUAUACCAGAUGGUGGUGGUGCAGCAGCUUUUCAAGUGCGACGAUCGCUGCCGCCACUGCAUGUCGGUGCUUGCCCUGCACCGCGGGUACGGCAGGCUGGCAGCAUCACUGCGCUGGCAGGCACAGCAGGCAGUGGGGUCAGGAGCAAUGGAGCUGGGUUGCACGGAUUCAAUAGCGGAAGGUGUGCUUUACGUUUGGCGCAUGAUGCUUGAUGAAAGCCUUGGCGACGGGGACGUUGUGCAGGGUCUUUGGCUGGGUAGGCAAUAUUACUGAGGAGCAUCAUUGGCUCGCAAGCUUCAGGGCCUAUGCCGCAUAUGUGAUGGCGACACGGCAUGGAUUGCGCUGUGCGCUUAGCGCACUCUGUUAGCACUGAUGUACUCGUGCAUCACGUUGGUGGUGCCUUAUGCCUGUAGGUUUAGCUAUGAUAGCAUUUGUCUGUACUUCAUGUCUUAUAAAUUGAUGUUGCCUUAGGUGUUGCCUAAACCUGCCAGUUGCAGGCACGUGUGGUGGGGGUAAAAAGACGAAUGCGAGAGGAGGCGGCAGGGGGCCACAUAACAAGGGAUGUGGUGGGGUUAGAAGUGCGCUGGGGUGGGGACACCGAGAGGACUCAAGGCCUCGGGUCAGUAAGAUGUCGGCAUGCGAUUGCAAGGGCCACGCGUUGCUGGCGCAUAGCAACGGAUCGCUUGCAGGGCUUGGGAACAAGGCUGGGUGGUGACGGGGUUGCAAGUUGUUGGGUAUGCCUUAGAAUGCGAAUACCUCAAUACGGUAUACGUUGCAGGCAAAUGGCGCAAAGACUGACCGGAGCUGUGAAUGGCCUUGUUAAGGCCCUGGCGCUUGGG